GGGGUUUUUUUUUUUUUUCCCCGAGCCGUCGGAGGGAGUCGGAGCGCUUCUCCCGAGUUGGUAAUUGAUCGGUUGUGGUCCACCAUGCAGAAGUGAGUGGUGAAAGGCAGCAGAGCUGAUGGGUCGCAAGGAUGUAAGUGCGUUUGAAGGUUCUCACACCCUCUACUCCAGGACAGAAUCAUGAAUAAACUGGAGGACAAGCAGGACCAGAUGAUACCAUGAAGAGAAGUUUACAGGCCCUCUAUUGCCAACUGUUAAGCUUCCUCCUGACCUUGGCACUGACUGAAGCACUGGUAUUUGCUGCCCAGGAACCAUCUCCCAGGGAAUCUCUUCAAGUCUUCCCCUCAGGCACUACCCCAGACACCAUGGUGACAGCACCCCUCAGUUCUACCAGACGCUCCUCCGUGGUGGCUGCCCCCGCUUCCGUGGUGGCACUGACCCCUCAUCCCGACGGCCCCUCCUCACAGGCUGCAGCUUCCACGGCAACGACAACACCCGAUCCAAGCGGACACCCUCCUAAAAACACCAUCUCCACCGUCAUGGCGACGGCAACCACCCCCCAUUCUGAAGGCCCCCUGUCCACAGGGCCACUUCCUGCUGCCGUGGCAACCACAUCCUCCCAUUCAGAGGGCCGCCCCCCGGGCCAGGCCGUGCCCACCAUCCUGCUGACAAAGCCAAGGGAUGCUACCAGCCGUCCCCUCACGGCCCCCUCCCGGGCUACCCCACGCAGGCCCCCCAGGCCCCCUGGCUCCUCCCGAAAGGGAGCCAGCAGUUCACCACGCCCUGUCCUGCCUGCACCCAGCGGUCACUCCAGAAGGAAGGAAGGCCCGCGGGGACGAAAUCAGAGCUCCACAUAUCUGGGGCAGAAGCGGCCCCUGGGGAAGAUCUUUCAGAUUUACAAAGGCAACCUCACAGGGUCUGUGGAGCCUGACCCCUCCACCCUCACCCCCAGGAACCCGCUCUGGGGUUACUCCUCCUCUCCACAGCCCCAGACAGUGGCCGCAACCUUGGCGCCCAGCAGGACCUCGUGGGUACGACCCAGCACGCCCCUGGUGUCUGCGGAGGACAAGCCUGGCCUUACCAGAGCAGACCAGGGGGGUGGUCCCACCUUCACCAGCCAAGGAGGGGAGCCGGCCACCACAGCAGCCUCAGGCACCCCCGCCAGUCCACAUCCUGCCCCAGUGCCUUCUCAGCACCCCCGUGGUGACCCACAGGAUGGCCCCAGCCACAGUGACUCCUGGCUUACUGUCACCCCUGGCACCAGCAGACCUCCAUCUGCCAGCUCUGGGGUCUUCACGGCCACCAUGGGGCCCAUUCAGGCUGCCUUCGAUGCCAGUGUCUCAGCCCCUUCCGAGGGGCUUCCUCAGGGAACAUCCUCAGCCCCGCAGGCCCCGGCCCGCCCCCCCGGGGUUUCAGAAAGCACUGUUUCCCUAGCCAAGGAGGAAGCUGUGGCCACCCCUACGCCCACCAUGACUGGCAGGGUGCCCAGUCCCCUCUCCACGGUGGUGUCCACAGCCACAGGAAACUUCCUCAACCGUCUGGUCCCCGCUGGGACCUGGAAGCCUGGAACAGCAGGGAACAUCUCCCAUGUGGCCGAAGGGGACAAACCCCAGCACAGAGCCACCAUCUGCCUGAGCAAGAUGGACAUCGCCUGGGUGAUCCUGGCCAUCAGCGUGCCCAUCUCCUCCUGCUCCGUCCUGCUGACCGUGUGCUGCCUGCGGAAGAAGAAGAAGCCGGCCAACCCCGAGAACAGCCUGAGCUACUGGAACAACGCCAUCACCAUGGACUACUUCAGCAAGCACGCCGUGGAGCUUCCCAGGGAGAUCCAGUCCCUUGAAACCUCUGAGGACCAGCUCUCGGAGCCCCGCUCCCCAGCCAACGGUGACUACAGAGACACCGGGAUGGUCCUCGUUAACCCCUUCUGUCAAGAAACGUUGUUUGUGGGCAACGAUCAAGUGUCGGAAAUCUAACUGCAGCAGCCCUCGCUUUGCCAGUCCCUACCUUUCGUCUCUAAAUUAUCAAUAUACAAAUAUAUAUUAUAAAUAUAAUCUUUGUGUAACCCUGACUUGAUGAGAAACAUUUUCAGCUUUUUUUUCCUAAGAAUUGUCAACAUCUUUUUUAUAAGUGUGGUUUAAAAAAAAAACUUGACAGAACAAUCCGUGGCUUUAUAAAAUAAAGGUAUUUAUAAGCAAAGCAGUUGCAUUGAUUGCUUCUCUUCAUAACUGUCCUUGAGCAUGUGGGGGUCCCAGCAGCCCCAGGCAGGUGAGGGGAGAGACCGACUUGUACAAGUUGAUGUUAAAACGGCCAAGUGCACGGCCUCUGAGGCUUCUUAAAGCUCUGCUUCCUCUCGAUUCAGUGUGACGGACCCCAUUUCCGCCCCCUCCUCCGCACACCAGUGACGGAGCUGGGCCUCCGCCUAGAGGGACACCGGCGGACAAGGAAGAGGGAGCACCUCAUCCUCCCAGGCGCUCCGAGCCUCGCGACGGCACAGUUGGCUGUCGAGGGUAAUUCCAUCCAAGAUUCGGACGCAGGCAGGAGCUGGAGAUCGCGGAGGCAUCCUCAGGCCACGCCCCCUGACAUCCCACACAGGGAGCGUCCAGGCCGGACUGCUUUCCCGGGCGACAGAAGGCUCCCCUCCAAGCACAUCCCUGCAUCCUCCCACCACCCACCAAUGCAUUAGACAGCGUGCCUUUCUCUGGAGAGGGUUUGGAUGCGGAUCCCAGCCCUGGAGCUUCGGAAUGCUUGCUCUAAUCCAAGGAUCCAACGUUUUGGGGUUCACCUUCAUUUUCUCAAAAGGCCAUCACAUCACACCACUGAGGAACAAACCUUGGAGUGUGGAGCUGUAAUUUUCUAACCCUUCCUCCCAGGAUCUUAAAAUAACAAGAUUGCCAAAGCGGAUGGCUCGGGAGGAAGAUGUCAUUGUAUUCUUGCUCAGCCCUGCAGGCCUGCCUGGGGGUCACGGGGACGUCUCCCCUCACUGCUCUCUCCAUCGGUGGUCACCUGCUGCCCCGUGGGCCCACGGCCAACAGGGGUCAGACCCCCAGAGAUGUGAGAGGGGCUUCCAGAGAUGGCUGCUUCUCCAUUUUAUCCCUACUGUAUAGUGGCUGGGAGAGAAGAUAACUGCUUUGACCUUCCUUUCUCUAAAAGAAAAAUAGUUUGAUAGUAUAUUUUGAAUAUAGAUGUUCUUAUAGUCAGAUUGGGACCUGAACUUGAAUGUUGAGUCAUAUGUUCGUGUUAUUGCUGUGGUCUCUUUAUCAUAACUUUUUCCUUUCUUCCUACAUUUUCCUUUAGAAAAAAAAAAAGAUGGCCUUCAAAAGUGUGUGUUCUCAAUGUCCUAUGAACCUACUUAACAUGAGUUUGGUGAUUGUCUGUCUUCAAAGACUCUUACCCACAAAGAAGCAGGUUACAUGUUGCU